UAUCAAUCUGUUAUUUAGGUGGACGAAAACAAAACAAAGAAUAAAUAUUAAUUACUAAAAACUAUGUAGACAUGGAAUGUAUAAUUAAGGAAUUAAAAUUAAAUCGUAAAAACAUACAAAGUACAUCUUCACACACGCUGUUUGCAGUUGUUGUCCACAAUACAUGGUUGAAAAAGUGGCUUAAGAAUUUAGAUGUGGAUAAUUGUGUAAAUAAUAUAGAUUUUACCCUGCAACCAGGUGAAUGUGUUCCUUAUCCAUGGAAAAAAGUUUUUAUAAAGGUAUUAAGUAAAAAUAUAUCAAAAGUUUUGCCUUUGCCGCGUUAUAAACUAACAGAAAGUAAUAUUGAUUUGCCUUUAACAUUUUCUCAAUUACUUCAAUAUGUGUCUCAAAACAAUCAAAGAAAUCUUUGGAAGGAAUCCUAUAAGAAAUAUUCACAAAACGCGGAAGAAAAUAAAGAAAGUGCAAUUGUUAAUUUAUUGGAACACGAUCAAUUGCUCUCUGAAAUAAUCAUAAGAUUAUAUGGGUGUAAUAUAAUUAAAAUAAGACCAGAUGGUGGUGGGAAAUUUGAGUACAAAGAAUUGAAUAAACAUACUUCCAAGUCUUACGACACUCAUAAUAAUUUAUUGGCAGCUAUGUUUGCUUUAGAAAGUGACAAUAAUUUUUUUAUUGUAUAUAGAACUUAUUAUGAAAAUAAUUUAUUAGACUGCCUAAACUUCAGUCCAAACCUAAUAGAUAAGACAUAUGCCAGGAGCUUGUUUGUUAUUUAUCAAUUGUUGAGUGCAUCUAAAGCUAUGAGUGACAGGGGCCUAUGUUUGGGUGCAUUGGAUCUACGAGAUAUAUAUUUAGCAGAAGAUUUAUGGAUACAAGUAGUGCCACCAAUAACAAAUAAUAUGCAUUGUUUAAAUCCAUCAUUAAUCUGUGAACAAAACAGAAGUAAGCAAGGUACAUCACAGAGCCAAAUUAUAAAAAGUCAUAACUCUCAAAAAAGUACUGAGGAAUGGUGCUGGCGUAAUGAUGUUGUACAAUUGGAAAAGCUUUGCAUGUUAUGGGUGCGAGGACGGAUAUCCAAUUUAGAUUAUUUGUUACAUUUGAAUGUUUUGGCUGGGAGAGCUGCUAAUGACCCUCAAGCCCAUUUCAUGGUUCCAUGGGUUACAGAUUUUUCUUCAAGAUGUGGUCGCAAUUGGAGAGAUUUAAGUAAAUCAAAAUACCGAUUGAACAAAGGUGAUCGACAGUUGGAUAUGACAUAUGAUGUGACCAGUGCCAAUGGCCAGAUACCACACCAUGUCACUGAUGCUUUAUCUGAUAUCACAUGCUACGUAUACCUGGCUAGAAGAACACCAAAAGAAACCCUCUGUAAAUAUGUCCGGAACAAGUGGGUUCCGGCAGAAUAUCCUGCCUCCAUUCAGAGAAUGCAAGAGUGGACACCUGAUGAGUGCAUACCAGAAUUUUAUACUGAUCCUACUGUGUUUAAGAGUACACAUGAAGAUUUACCAGAUUUAGGCAUACCUUCGUGGGCAACUUGUGUGGAAGAUUUUAUAACGAAGCAUCGUGAGGCUUUGGAAAGCACUCAUGUAUCAGAAAAUCUACAUCAUUGGAUUGACAUAACUUUUGGUUACAAGCUUGCCGGACAGGCGGCGGUUAAAUCAAAGAACGUUUGUCUGUCUCUAGUAGACGGGCAUAUGCGUACUCGCCGCGGCACUACAGUGCAGUUGCUGACGGCGCCGCAUCCGCCGCGAAAGCUUAGGGCUCCGCCCCCUGCUCCACCCAGACUGAGGUGGACUGCUCCAAGGGAUACAAAAAAAUCCGUCCGAGAUAGUUCUGAUGAUAUAUCAGACGAAGAAGACGAGUCCAGCAGUUUACCGCAGCACAUAUCUCGGCUGACAGUUCCAACGCAUCGAAUGCGUCGUCAGAAAAGUAGUACUAGAGCGCGUUCGCUUACCAAAGGCCAAGACGAAGAUGCUCCUUUUAACGAAACUAGAGCGUCCUCUCACUCGCGACACUAUAAAGUACAACGCUCUGAAUAUGGCCAGGGUGUCAUAUACCUUCCCAAGGAAUUUAAUCCAGCAGCAUCCAUUCAGGCUCUCGAGUCACUGGAUAAUUUUCGAACUAAAUGUUUCUUUAGCAAAUCUGAAGACAAACAAAAAAAUAAAGACAAUGUUUCUGCAUUAAACCUGUGUCAAGUUAAUAAUAAAGACAAUGCGCAUUUCCAAUCGAACUAUGGUGCAGACGAGACAGCUUUUACUAAUCACAUGUUUUUAGCAUCGUAUGACCAAGGAUUCCUAAAAAGAGUCACUCAGGAUACUCAAAUAGACAGUGUGCUUAAAGAGAGAAAGAAUAGAAUGUUUAAUACGAGAUACACUACUGAUGCGUUGGUGUAUAAGCAAUUCGUAACAGAGAGUCGAAAGCAAGAUAUGCUCGUCAUAGGGUGCCUUAUAGUUGAAAUAUUUCUUCACAAUCACGUUCGUCCAUUGAGAUUGAAUAAUGACAAAUUUAUUGAAAGAUACAAUAGUUGUAGGACUGUAUUAAAAUACAAUUUUCAUUCCAUUCCAAAAUGUGUUAGGUACAUAGCGUCCUUAUUGUUAAAUGUUCAACCACCUCAUCUUUCCUUUAAACAAGAAUUGCAACCAAAAUCAGACGAUUCUUUUAAAAGAGCUGUUGUGACCGAUAAAGGUCUGCCUCCGCCAACGGCAUCCCAGUUACUGCAACCCUUACUUAUGCAACACCUUAUACCUUUCCCCCAGAGUUUUGUCACUUUAUAUAGCCUUUUGAACACUUUACAUGAAUAUGAGCUAACGAGUAAUGAAUUAAACAUAUUGUAUACAUAUGAAUGUGAUGGCGUUCAUUGUGAAAGCUAUCAGAACAUUGAUAAAACAAAACUAUAUUUUGCUCAGAAAGUGGCAGAAGGAAAAAUUCAAGCUUGUAUUACACAUCUAGGUACACUUCUGAAUCAAUUCACUGGUUAUAAUCAGUUUGACGCUUUAGAUAUUUUUCUACAAUAUUACAUACAAUUAUUGGAAAAUAAGGAUACAUCUGUUUUAGCUGCUUGGCAUUUGUUCGAUACAGUGAGCAGAGCUCUAGGUCCCGCCGAAACUAGAAAUAAACUUCUUAAAUACAUAUUAAAUCUAUAUGAAGACGACGAUUUCGUAUUUGAUAAAUCAGAAAAGUAUUCUGAAAACGACUCUACAUCUUCAGCUAUUUUGGCUAGCAAGCAGAAAUUUAUUAAACUUUAUCAUAACAUAUUUCUCCUUCAAUUAAUGGUCCGAAUGGGCCUCCAAUGCUUCUUGGAUAAUUUCACGCAACAUUUGGUCGAAGCUGUUGGCGGAUAUAAAGAUAUAUCAUAUCAUAGCGGAUCCGGUGGCCAUUCAUGUCACAGUCGCUCAAUGGCAAACAAAAAACCAAGAUAUUCAGAUGAUAACGUGAAAAAUAUUCUCACUACUAAUUCCGAUAUAUUUUCUCCUGAUACAUCUUGCGGUUCAGAACAAAUUGUCACACCUAAUAUCGAAAAAGCCAUGUCUGAAGUAAGCGAAGCCUUGAAAGAAAAGGAAGUCGAUAAUAGAAGUGAAAAUGAGUUGUUCCAUUUUGAAAAUGAUAAAGAGAGGAAUCACAGUUGUAGCAGUAGAAGCAAAUCUCCUACGGGCUCCGUUGACUCUAACGCCGCAGUCAAGGAAAAUGUUCUAGAAACACCUUCACCGUCGUCAGACAUUGUGCUAACAGAAAAUUCUCGGUUUAUUUCUUCUAAUAUAACUAUCACAAAGAACGGAAAUCACUAUAUAGAUGAAGCAAGGGAUAAUGCUCCCGAAAUGCAAAAAAUAGUAUCUCCAAAUAUAACCAAACCAAAAUCAAUGUUCACUAGUUAUUUGAACUUAGGUCAAAAUGAAUAUAUUUCUGAGAAUUAUGAUAAUGAAAGUACGCCUACAUCCGAGUAUCAAGAAGAGCAAGUAGAUCAUUUUAAUCCAGUAGUUAAAACUGUUAGCGAUGACGAAAAAGAAUACAAGGAUUCAUAUAAAAUAUCCGAUAUGAGUUCAGAUAGUCUCAUUUGGUUAGCACAUAGACUUGGGCCGGUACUUACUUGUAGAUACAUAACUAGGAAUCUUUUAAAAAUGCUUACUUUGUGCUACAUUGGAAAAGAAAACUUGUUGUCGUGUGAUAUCGAGGAAAAAGAUGAGUUUGAUGAAAUAUCAGUAGUCAAUAGCAGAGUCGUUGGGGAUAAAAACGCUAUGAAAGUGAUAAAAUGCCUCACUUCGAUAGUGGCAAUGUACGGUGAACAGCUGAUAAUAUUUCAAUACUUGCCACAUAUGGGUGAGCUGAUCGCGUCAUGUAGACGCCGUUUAUCAACGCCACUUGAGGGUGGGGUGGUCGCCUGCUUGCAGCUUAUAAAGUACCUGCUGCCUUUUAUGUCUGAUGUCAAAGUUAUGGAACAAUUACAGGAUACAUUUCUUAAAACAAUUUUGCAACCAGCGUUACGGCUUGCGUCCACGAGUCGAUGUUCAUAUCCGAGUGGUGCGGCCGCUAGGGGCGCUCUCACUAGGAAGUUAUUAGAUGCUCUUUACGCUUUGGCUCUAAGAAUUGGUCCCGAGAUGACUAGAAAGCAUCUUUGUGUACCAGCUUUACAAAGAUUUUUCCUUGCAUUUGAUAAAGCGUCCGGCAAAACGGACAACUGGCCCAAACAAGAUGACGCUAGUCUAGAAAAGUCGUCCGAACAAGAGUCGGAGCCUCGGCUGGAGGGGUUCCUGGAGAUCUGCCGCGACGGCAGCACGGCGGAGUGGGCGGUGCGCGACGGGCGCGUGGUGCGCGCCGACCUGCCCGAGCUCGCCUGCACGCCGCCCUCGCUGCCCGACACGCACGACGCCGCCACGCUCACUGCCCAGGAAGAACUGUUAAUAGUAUUCGAAACGGAACUCGCUUAUCAUGCUUAUACCAAAUUCACGAGGCUUGUUGGCACGGACGCUAUAGAACGGAGCCUGAAAAACAGUGAUACGAUACGUGCCCUUUGUCAAGAAUACAGACAAAAACAUUGUAUUAGCUCCCCUCUGCAUAUAUCUCGGCAAGACAAGCGUGUGCAGCCGUCGCUCAGCGAUGAGCCGCUCAACAAGCGAAAUAUCGAUAUAAUCCAGAAGCCCGACCUUUCGGACCACAUAUCCAGCUCGAACAGCUUCGGCUCCAACGUCACGCUGGUUGGCAACAGGAUAGAUGUCAGUGACACUUGUGAGAGCACUGCGCAAGUGGAUGGGUUUGAUGUUGUGGCUUGUAAGAUGGAUAGUGGCGUGCGGAGUGACCGACAUCUCCGUGGCGAUUGGUUGAUCUACUGGGAGCACGAAAUCGGUCGCGCAGACAAGGAAGCUCGUUUCAAUUUGAAACAGAUCAAGUUACAGACGUUCGUUGGACACUCGCAUUCAGUUAAAUCUAUACACUGUCUCGACAACGAGAACAGCUUUAUGAGUGGGUCAAAAGAUAAGACAGUCCGGUUGUGGUCCUUGCGAAAUCAGGGUGAUGGCAACGCCACAACGCAAUGCAACUGGACGUACACGGGUCAUAAAAAGGGCGUGCUGUCGCUGGCAUUCUUGGAGUCUCUUCGGCUAGCUGUGUCUACAGACUCCGUCGUGCAUAUAUGGGACCCCUUCAUGGAGAGCGUGGUUUGUCAGCUGGACACUUUAAAGUCACCAGUGAGCAUAGUGCGCACACUGUCAGAGGCGAGCAGCGUGGUGGUAGCGGCCACUACCGACGCCACCUUGCGGUUUAUAGAUGCGCGUGCGCCAGUACAUAACCACGAGCUUAAGCUGGCGGCGGCCCCCAGCACGUUCAUCCGCUGCAUGUGCGUGGGCGGCGGCGGCGCCUGGGUGGCGGCGGGGCUGGCCGGCGGACACGUGGCCGUGCUCGAGCCGCGCUCCGGCCGCACGCGCGCCACCUGGCGGGCGCACGACGGGGAGGUCCUCCGGCUAGCGGCGGUGGACGAGCACAGGUUGCUCACAUCGGGGCUGGAUCAAGUUACCGCGCUGUGGAGAAUCGACGACGGAGAACUUAUUGCGCAUCUCAAGGGUAGUACUGAACCAGUCCACUGUCUGUCGGUAUAUUACAAUGAGCUAAUAUCGGGGACGACAAAUAAUCGUAUCGGUGUCCACACGUCGUUGGAUCAAGAAGCUUCCUUUUCCAGCACCAAACUGCGUUCGGACACCUUCAAGGGCGUGCUAACUUGUAUGUCGGUGUUGCCACUCAACAGAUUGUUGUUGUUGGGAAGCGACAAUGGCACCAUUAGUUUGCUUUGCUGAUGUUGUUGCUUGUACA